AUGGCGGCAUCAUCAUCAUCAGACUCGACCUCAACCCUGGAGGGGCCGUCUACAGAGGUAGACAAGGAACAGGGCCUCCAUUCCGAACCCUCACCACGAUUAUCCAACCCCCAGAAGGAGACGUACGACCCCAACCUCGACGUCAACCUGCCGUAUCGUACGCUCACCGCCGAUGCCAACUUUGACGAGUUCCGCGUGGCUACACGCACGGGCACCAUCCCGGGCCCGGUUGAGCCCCCGACCGCUGCUGGCGGGGCAGGCGAGAAGCGUUACCAGCUGGUCACGUUCACCCCAGACGAUCCGGAGAACCCCAAGAACUGGUCCAAGGCGUACAAGUGGUACUGCACCAUGGUUGUUGCCCUGACGUGUUUCGUGGUGGCCUUUUGUUCAGCCGUCAUCACUGCGGAUCUCACUGGGCCUUCCGAGACGUUCCAUGUCAGCAGAGAGGUUUCCUUUCUGACCAUUACAGUUUUCGUCGUUGGCUUUGGUGUUGGGCCCAUGGCCUUUGCGCCGCUGUCUGAGGUAUUUGGACGACGAAUUAUCUAUGGAUCAACACUCCUGCUUGCCGUCGUCUUCGUCAUCCCCUGCGCUGUUGCACAGAAUAUCGGAACCCUGAUCGUCUGCCGAGCCAUCGAUGGCAUCGCUUUCUCGGCCCCCAUGACCCUGGUCGGCGGCACGCUCGCGGAUCUGUGGAGGAACGAGGAGCGUGGUGUUCCCAUGGCUGCCUUUUCUGCCGCUCCCUUUAUUGGGCCAGCCAUCGGCCCUCUUGUUGGUGGCUACCUUGCCGAUGGUGCUGGCUGGCGCUGGCUGUACUGGAUCCAGCUCAUCCUUUCUGGCGUUGUCUGGUUCCUCAUCACCUUCACCGUCCCCGAAACCUACGCCCCUACGAUUCUCUCCCGCCGCGCCAAGAAGCUCCGUCAGCAGACGGGCGAUGAAAGCUAUGUUACGGAGCAAGACAUUGACGAGAGGUCCAUGGGCGAGCGGCUCACGGUUUUCAUGAUCCGACCCUUCCAGCUGCUGUUCCAGGAACUCAUCGUGCUUCUCAUCUCGCUGUACAUGAGCGUUCUCUACGGCCUGCUCUACAUGUUCUUCGUUGCUUACCCCAUCGUUUUCCAGGAGGGCAAGGGCUGGAAUGCCGGCAGCACUGGUCUGAUGUUCAUCCCCCUGGCCAUUGGCGUUCUCCUCUCUGCUGCCCUCUCUCCGUUCGUCAACAAGCACUACCUCAAAAUGGUUCACAAGUACAACGGCAAGCCACCUGCGGAGAUUCGCUUGAUCCCCAUGAUGGUAUCCUGCUGGUGCAUUCCCAUCGGGUUGUUCAUCUUCGCCUGGACCUCGUACCCGCGGCUGGUCUGGGUCGGACCGGCCCUGGGUGGCUUUCCCGUCGGUUUCGGCUUCAUCUUCCUUUAUAACUCUGCAAACAACUACCUGGUCGACUCCUACCAACACCAGGCCGCCUCCGCCCUUGCGGCCAAGACAUGCAUCCGAAGUUUCUGGGGUGCCGGUGUGGUCUUGUUCACCGAGCAGAUGUACGCGCGACUGGGCUACCAGUGGGCCUCUUCGCUUUUGGCCUUCAUUAGCCUGGCUUGCUGUGCCAUUCCCUACUGCUUCUGGAUCUGGGGCGCCAAGAUCCGCGCUCGCAGCAAGUAUGCCUACGGCGGUGAUGACGAGGUGGAAACGAGCCAGAACCCGAAUGACCUCGAAAAGGCCCAGAGGGUUCCCACUCAUGGUGCUGCUCCCCGAGACGAUACGGAUGACGACCUUGACUUGAGGAGGGCGAGGAGCUACGUCAGCAACCCAUAA